GUUUGUAUUCCACAUAAAAAUGGAUAUGCAAUUUUUCCUCUUGUUCAUACAUUUAAAGCAUUAUGACGAUCCUGUCACAUUUUUUGCACUCCUCCAUUUUCCCCUCUUUUUGUAUUCUGUACAAUGUGUACAUACUCAAAACUUUAUGGCAUUCCAUUUGUCCAAGAAAAAAUGUACUGUGCUGUGGAGUUCAGAGCUAAAGAGGGAAGGAGCGCGCCGUGCAGUAUUGUUCCACUUUUGUGGUUGAACAGCAACAACACGCUGGUAUAUUGGCCACCUACUGUGAGCAAAAAAAAAUUCGAGGAGAUGGUCAGAAAACAGGCACCUUGUGACCUUACAUGGAAAACGUAUCAAAUUAAAAAGGUCCUUUUCAAAUCAUCAUCUUAUGAGGAAGCUGAACUGCGGCUGGAGAGGUUCCAAAGCUCUUCUGAAGAAUCAGAGUUUUCCAAUAUAGAACCAAUCAUACCAAAUCUUUUAGAAGAUAUGUAUCACAAGGAUUCAGAUGAUGAAUCUGUUCUUAUGAAUGCACGACAAAAUGAUGACUUAGCUUUUUCAGACUCAUUCACAAAAUCAGUGCUAGAUGCAUGCACAUCUAGCAGCAUUCCCAAAAAUUCGGAAAAAAUAGAAAAAUCAAUUGAGGAAAUUGCUAAAGAGGUGGCGAAAAUUUCAACCGUACAGGAGCAGCUAUUAUUAAUGCUGAAUAACAUAGCCAGCACUCUCAGAAAUGAGCCUUACACUAUCGAGCAAUCUCCCAAUUGUCCAAAUUUCCCCAUUGGCCUGGAAGAAGAGUUUUUUGCUCUAGAAGAUUUUAUUAAAAAUCCCGAGCACGAAAAAUUCAUGGUGACAAGGUUGAAGUCCAUUGGUGGAAAUUCUGCUGAGGACCAUACAAGAAGAAUAUUGAGGUUUUUGAUGAGAAAUGAGCUGGCUUGUCUCUUCAAUUGGCGAGGAACCGAUAAAAAACCUUUUAGGGAUACAAAAAUUAUGCAAAUAAUUUAUGUUGCUGUGAAAAAAGAAUUUUCAUCCGCAACCGACAGUCAAAUAGAAGUUGCAACAAAGGAUUGGCUGAAAUUCGCGAAAAAAAGAUUAAAUGACGCAAAAAAAAGACUCGCUUGAAAAGAAAGAUGCGAUAAAUCAU